GGUCACACACCUUUCACCUUUACCUUUGAUAGGGUGUGUUUUUAAAGACGUGUGUGUAGGUGAGGCACACAUAGCCGCUGCGCUCCCGCGGGCUUGAAGAGCAUCGAAAUGGGAAAGACAGGUGAACGGGGAGACUUUGAAUGGGUCUACAAUGAUCAGCCUCAUACUUCACGAAGAAAAGAAAUAUUAGCAAAGUACCCAGAGAUUAAGUCCCUGAUGGGGCCUGACCCACAGUUGAAGUGGGUGGUGACGGGGAUGGUCCUCACCCAGCUUCUGGCCUGCUAUAUGGUCCAUAGCCUCUCCUGGAAGUGGGUGUUCUUCUGGUCGUACGGCUUCGGCGGCUGCAUCAACCACUCGCUGACCCUCGCCAUCCACGACAUCUCGCAUAACGUGGCCUUCGGCAACAAGCUGGCACGCCUCAACCGCUGGUUCGCCAUGUGGGCCAACCUCCCCAUCGGACUGCCCUAUUCGGCCUCGUUCAAGAAGUACCACAUCGACCACCACCGUUACCUGGGUGGCGACGGCCUAGAUGUGGACAUCCCCACGGACGUUGAGGGCUGGUUCUUCUGCACACCCCUGCGUAAGGUCCUGUGGCUCUUUCUCCAGCCAUUGUUCUACGCACUGCGCCCCCUAGUGGUGAACCCCAAGCCGGUCUCUAGACUAGAGAUUAUUAACGCUGCCGUUCAAUUUGCAGUGAACUUCCUGAUAUUCUACCUGUGGGGGCUGAAGCCCAUCGUUUACCUCAUAGCCGGGUCCAUUCUAUGCAUGGGCCUACACCCCAUCUCUGGACACUUCAUAGCGGAGCACUACAUGUUCCUGAAGGGACACGAGACGUACUCCUACUAUGGCCCACUGAACUGGAUCACCUUCAACGUGGGCUACCACAUGGAGCACCAUGACUUCCCCAGUAUACCUGGCAGUAAGCUGCCUCAGGUGAAGAUGAUAGCAGCAGAGUACUACGACUCCCUACCACAGCACACUUCCUGGACCCGGGUGUUGUGGGACUUUGUCUUUGAUGACAGCAUCGGUCCCUACACCAGGAUCAAGCGGGAAUAUAAGCUGGUCAAGCAGGAGUAGGUGCCACAACAAAACACUUUCCCCCAAUAUUCAGUGCUACCGAUUGUCAUAGUGAAACAUCGUUUUUUUGCCUCGUUUUAAUCAUGUGAUUUACUUGACAAUAGCAUAUGUGGGCAGGCGAAAGGCACAAUGUCGAUCCUAAAGUUUUCCAUACCGUGAGUGUGCAGAACAGUGCAGAGAUUGAAACAUUGAAACUUACCUUGCAGUAUGAGGAGCUGUUUUUUUCAGUGAAGCUCUGUUUGAUGCUCACCACACAAAAGUUAGUUUUUUUUAAAUCAAGAAGAUAAAUAUAUAAUAUUGCUAACAAUGUUCCU